GGUACCUUUGAAAGUGGAACAAGCAAACAAUGCUCGUGAUGCCUUGGCUAAAACGGUGUAUAGUCGUCUGUUUGACCAUGUAGUGAACAGGGUAAACCAGUGUUUUCCAUUUGAGACUUCUUCUUUCUUCAUUGGAGUUCUAGAUAUAGCUGGUUUUGAAUACUUUGAACACAACAGUUUUGAACAAUUCUGUAUUAACUAUUGUAAUGAAAAACUGCAACAGUUUUUCAAUGAACGGAUUCUGAAAGAGGAACAAGAACUUUAUCAAAAAGAAGGCCUGGGGGUUAAUGAAGUGCGCUAUGUAGAUAAUCAGGACUGUAUAG